UUUUUUUUUCUCUAGCUUCAACCCAAUGCUAGUUACAAAGCUAACCGUUACCGGAGACUCUUCUCUCCGCCUGCACGGUGCAGUUAACUAGUUAACUAGUCGCCGAGGUAACGGUAGCCAGCUCGGUUAACUAGUCGUUCACAAGGAAAAAAGGGGGAGAAAGAAAAAAAGCAGAAAAUAGGCUUUUAUUGAUGGUGGUGUACCGUUCGGGGUGUCAUAGCACAGCUCGUAUUUUGGAUUUCACGGGUGCAACAGUCUGCAGUUUGGUGUCUGAGGCGUUAAUGUUUUAUAUAUUUAUUUAUAUUUAUAUAUUUAUAACGGUAAGUUAAAGCUAAACGGCGAGCUAGGUCUAAACUAGUUGGGGGGGGUGUCCAUGCUAACGUUUAGCUUUUGCUCGCCAGCUCCUUAUGAGCUCAACUGGCUGGGCUUGUUUUAUUUAUUAUUUAUUAUUAUUAUUUUAUGUAUUGCUUAGUUUUAACCCCUGAACUUUUUUUAAAGGAGUUCAUCUUCUUACCCAAACUAGUGCUUAUAAACUUAAACCCGGCGACACGUGCUGCUGCUGCAAGCUGCUGCUGCUGCUGCAACGUUGUCUAGUUUUUUAAAACCAGCAUCCUCCCAACUUUGUCCACAUUCAGCUGGUUAGCUCGGAUGUUUUUUAGGGGGGGUGGAUUUGAGCGGUAUGUAUACCAACACCACUCCGUGGAUUUUUGUUGCCAGUAGGCCCCCCCACCCCCUCCGUGGAAGUGUUAAACUACAAAGAUGAGCAGUCCAACACGACGGUGCCCACAUUCUGCUGCAGAGGAGAGAGCACCAGGAUGAGGAGACUGUAGGCACCCGCCGUAGUAUGGCCGCGUCCCGUUCCUCGCGCGUCACAAGGUCGUCAGUGGGGCUCAAUGGAUUGGAUGAGAACUUUUGUGGUCGAACCCUCAGGAACCGCAGCAUCGCCCAGCCGGAGGAGACCUCAGUGUCUCCGCUACCUAGGGCCCGCUCCCCCAAGAAGAAGCAGGACGCCAGGCAGGAGUCGAAGCAGGACGCCAGGCAGGAGUCGAGGCAGGAGUCAAAGCAGGACGCCAGGCAGGAGUCGAAGCAGGAGUCUAAGCAGGACUGCAAGCAGGAGUCUAAGCAGGACUGCAAGCAGGAUGUUGAGGAGCAGUCAAAGCAGGACGUUAAGCGGGAGUCGAAGCAGGAUGCUAAACAGGACACAAAACAGGACGCCAAGCAUGAUACAAUUCAGGAUGUCAAGGAGGACGCUCAGCAAGAUGGCCAGCAGCAGGCCUCGUUGCAGGGAAAGCUAACUGACUCAAAUGCUUCUCCAGUUGAGGCGGAGCAAUGGACCAGGAAACGGGGUGUGUCCUGUUUAGAAAAAGACAUUAGUCCUGAGAAGUCGGAGAACUGUGACCGAGGGAAGGGGGCACGAGAUGCCUGUCCUCAAAUCAAAAGGGCCAAGCGGUGCUCCCGCUCUAGAGACUCUCAGGGACACGAGGAGGACCCUGAGCUUUUGAAACCUGAAAGUCCAGUCUCCGUCCCAGAGCCUAACAAGGACAACAGUUGUGAAGAAUUUCCCAGCCAAAACUCUGCUGACACAGCUCCUGCCUCACCUGUCCUCAGUAAAGAGGAGGGUGAGCUGACAGGGGUGGAGGCAGAGGAUGGUCAUGUGGAGUGUGACGGGGCAGCUCAGCCUUCGAACGCCCACAAGGCUUCAAAUGGACUCAGAGAGAAUAAAGUAGAGGAACCUAGCACACACAUAGAAGAGCCUAGUGCAAACCCCACCUCUGCCACCAACUGCCCGUCGCUGCUCAACGGCAGUCAGACGGGGGCUCCCUCAUCCCCUGACCCCGCCGUGCCUUGUAGAAACUCUGUCCCUGUGCCGAUGGAGGUCUCUGGCUCAGGGGAAUCGCCGGCCUCAUCUGCACCGACGUUUGAGGCUGUUCCAGAGGAUCCCGUACCUGAGUUAAUAGGGGCCAAGGAGCAGGAGGUGGAGGUCGACGUUGUGGGCGACCCGUUGUGUCUGGCCCACGAGGAGCAGGUGACGGAGAGUGAGAACGACACCAACGGUCGGCCGCUAACACCGGUGCCGGAAACUGCUGCUGCCUCCACUUCCUCCUCCUCCUCCUCCUCCUUAACCACCACCAACAUGAACAGUAGUCCAAUCAACAACAACAACAGCAACUCAGGAGAAACUACACCCCCACUAGUAACAACCCCCUCCCCCACAGAGCCAGGGUGCAACCCCUCAAUAUCCAGCACACCCCCUUCUUUCACAGAGCUCUAUGAACACAGAUACACCCUGCGGACUUCACCCAGGAGGGCUGCCACUGGUGGCAAGGCCUCCUGCUCCUCCUCCAAGCUCAGCUCUCCUCCCAGAGACAAUGGUCCCUUGAGGGAAGAGGGGGAGGUGGUGGUUGGGCUGGAGGAGGACUGCCCUAUGGUGGAGGAACCUGUUCCUUCAGACUCUGUUGGCCCCUCCAGCGAGGAGCCGGUCUCCGCAGAUCCUGGGGAGAGGGCAGGUGACGAUGAAGGUGUGCCCGUGGAGGGCAAGGAGGCAGAGAGAAGCAAGGAGCUGACACAGAGCCAGGCUGCAGAGGAGGAGGAGGAGGAGGAAGAGGAGGAGCCAGACGUGUAUUACUUUGAGUCGGACCACCUGGCUCUUAAACACAACAAAGAUUAUCAAAGGCUGCUGCAGACCAUCGGAGUCCUCGAGGCACAGCGCACGCAGGCCAUCCUGGACCUGGAGACGCUGGCGCGUCACCAGAGAGAGGCCCUCGCCGAUCCCAUCAGCUUUGUGGAGCAGCUGCAGAAACGGAUGAAUUUGGGCUUGCCGUGUCCUCAGCGAGUCGUCCAGCUCCCUGACAUUGCAUGGGAGCAGUACACCUCAGGUCUCUGUGACUUUGAGAGAGAGUUCUGUGACAAGAAACGCAAAACCAGGCGGCUAAAGCUGAUCUUCGACAAAGGUUUGCCCGAUCGACCAAAAAGUCCCGUGGAGCCCAAGAAGGAAGGCGAAUCCUCCACCAUGUACUCCUCUCUGCCCACUAGUGACGCACCAGAGAACGGCAGGCAAGCGCAGAUGAUCAGGGGGAGGAUUUGUCACCCAAACAAGCCUGACACGUUUAACCAGCUGUGGACUGUGGAGGAGCAGAAAAAACUGGAGCAGCUUCUCGUUAAAUUUCCUCCAGAGGAAGUCGAGUCCAGAAGAUGGCAGAAGAUUGCCGAUGAGCUCGGCAAUCGAACAGCAAAACAGGUUGCCAGUAGGGUUCAAAAGUACUUCAUCAAACUGACAAAAGCUGGUAUCCCCGUGCCUGGAAGAACACCCAACCUCUGCAUGUACACUAAAAAGGCAUCCAGCAAGAGGCAGCACCACCUUAACAAGCACCUGUACCGACCGUCUACUUUCCUGACCUCCUACGAGCCUCCGGUCUACAUGGACGAAGAUGACGAGCGCUCGGCGUAUUACAGCGGCGUGCAGGACCCCUCUGCUGAUGACUCGGAUGAAGAAACUAUACCUGUUGAGUUGAGAAAUUUGCCAGAGUACAAAGAGCUUUUAGAGCUGAAGCGACUGAAGAAACAGACGCUCCAGGAGAUCCGAGAGGACAAGGUCGGGAUGCGGCACGUCGGCUACAAGUGUGACGUCUGCGGCAUGGAGCCCAUCCAGGGAGUGCGGUGGCACUGUCAGGAUUGUCCGCAGGACAACUCGGUCGAUUUCUGCUCCAACUGCUCCGACUGCUUGUUCAAGACAGAAACCCAUAAGCCUAACCACCACUUGGAACCGGUGCACCAGUCUGACACCUUUCUGGACAGAGACUACUGCCUGCCGCAGAGCACAGGCUACAACUACCUGGACCCUAACUACUUUCCAGCCAACAGAUGACAGGGUCCCAGGCGCCUCUAACUCCAGGCUCUCUCCACAUAUCCCACAGGCCACUCUGUGCAUGGCUCCAUCCUCCAAGUCCAAGAUAACCGCUUAACCCGCCGCCAGGCAGGAAGGCCGGGCCGGCAGGCAGACAGCCAGGGGCCUCAGAGCAGACCACGUUGCUGCUGGUGGGAGGGGGGCUUGUUGGUAAACUGGCCUCCCUGACUCAAGCGGAAAAAAAAAAGGGCGGUCAUGUUGGUUCCUCAGAACAAGGGGGGCCCCCGCUCCACCUCAGCCAGGUUAAUCAAUGGAUCUGUGAUUUGAAACGACACACUAUUUUUAAAACAAACAAACAAACAAAACAAACAGAAGGCACACCGACAUUCCCGAGCUCUGUGACUCCAGGAGGGCCGUCCCUUUCCCCCCUCUCCCCCCAUCGCCGCCCUCCAGUUACCUCCCUGUGCUGCUUCGAAAAACUGGAGAAAUUGACGAUCAGUCCGUUGAAGCGCCACCUAAUGGAGAUGUGUGGUCAUAGUGGACUGUGAAGUCAUCAACUUGAGAUACACAUGGGUGGUUUGUAUGUGUGUAUGUGGUCUCCGUGUUAUGCAAAGGUGAAAAAAAAACAAACAAAUGUUCUAGCUAGGUAUCCGUAGAUUGAGUAUUUAUGAGGCUGCUGCGAGAGAAAAUCGGCGGCGCGGAAGUCGACGUCGAGGUGGGGCGCGUUUUUUUCCGGCUGCAGACCGUAGGAAGUUCUGCAGAUCCACACAGACCUGUACGUGUUAAACAGAUUGUGCGCCAUGCUUUUUCAGCAUGGAGUCAUCCCUACCACUGUCACACAACGCUGCUCUCUAACCCCCCUCACCUCUCAAACACACUUUUCAUCUGUAUUUCCUUUUCCUGUUGCUCUCUCCACUAAAACAUGUCUAACAAGGAAGCACUACAGCACGGAGAGCAAAUGUUUUUUGAAGGCAGGCGAAUGGGAACGUUCGGAAAAAAGACUUUUUUUUUUUGUUUCCAUCUUUUUUUCUCCUUCCCUAAUGUGUGCGAAUGGGAACGUUCGGAAAAAAGACUUUUUUUUUUUGUUUCCAUCUUUUUUUCUCCUUCCCUAAUGUGUGCCGUUGUUGAUCAUGUUGAGUGUACAAGUAUAUGGUGAAAAGUAGCCAGCGCUAGUUGCUGUGUGCCAUUUUUAAAAGAGAAGUUAGUUUUUGUUUUGUUUGUUUUUCCGGGUGGGGGGGAGAGGGAGGUUCCACCUCUGAACCCGGCCACAACUUCUCCCUUCCCGCGUGGCACCAUCGACCCACAUUGUCCUCCGUUUAUUGAUCCAGUCAUCAUGCCUCUAGAUCUUCUUUAAUUUUGCAGUUCACUUUACAAGAAAAAAAAAAGGUCCAUUUAAAAGAUUGUAUUUUUAUUAAUCUAUUUAAAAAAGAAGAAGAAUUGAGGUAGAGGUUGGUGCCUCCACAGUGGAACAAACCCACACAGUUUUAUACACAUAGAUUUUGUUGUGCUUGAGUAGACACCAUUUUGUAUGGUUUUCGUCUCCUUCCCUCACCCCCUUUGCCCUGCUUCAGUAUCUGUGUAUAACAGUCUGUUCUUAUGUAAAAAAACAAACAAAAAAACAAUAAUAAUAAUGUUAAAAAAAAAAAAUGCUAGAGGAGAACCGUGGAAAUAAAAGUAUGUGAAAAUAGUGUUUCUA